UCUUGACUCCAGUUGGAAUCGAAGCCUUUUAAAAUGGCAGAUGAUUUGGACUUCGAGACAGGAGAUGCAGGGGCCUCAGCCACCUUCCCAAUGCAGUGCUCAGCAUUACGGAAGAAUGGCUUUGUGGUACUCAAAGGCCGGCCAUGUAAGAUCGUCGAAAUGUCUACUUCCAAGACUGGCAAGCAUGGCCACGCCAAGGUUCACCUGGUUGGUAUUGACAUCUUUACUGGGAAGAAAUACGAAGAUAUCUGCCCCUCAACUCACAACAUGGAUGUCCCCAACAUCAAAAGGAAUGACUUCCAGCUGAUUGGCAUUCAGGAUGGAUACCUAUCACUGCUCCAGGACAGUGGAGAGGUUCGGGAGGACCUUCGUCUGCCUGAGGGUGACCUCGGCAAGGAGAUUGAGCAGAAGUAUGACUGUGGAGAAGAGAUCCUGAUCACAGUGCUGUCUGCCAUGACAGAGGAGGCAGCUGUUGCAAUCAAGGCCAUGGCGAAAUAACUGGCUCCCAGGGUGGCGGCGGCGGCGGCGGCAGGGACCCCGGAGCCUGCAGAGGCCCCCUCCCUCAGCCUGGCCUGGCCCCUGGCUGAACUCCUACACAAUUUAUUUGAUGUUUUAUUUUGGUUUUUUUCUCCUCCCCCUCUCCCAUCUGUCGGGGACCCCUUGCCCUUCACCCUGCUCCCUUGGCCAGGAGUGAGCAAUGGCAUUGGUGAAGCUGCCUUCCUCUUCUCCCCUCGCACUACAGCCCAGGAUGGGGAAGGGGGCAGGUGCUGCUUAUGGCUUAGUUUUUGUUUUGUUUUUUUAAAUUCAAUCUGGAAUCAGAACGCUAUGGAUUCUGGUCAUGGUCCUCUGCCCUUCCUUCUCUCGUCCCUGGUCUGGUCUCCUGUUCCUGUAUCCCUUUCCCUCCAAACACCACCCCAAAGACUGGGGACCAGCCCCUCCCCUGCCUAUCUCCCCCUUAAGCCCCCUUUAGAUGGGGAGGGAAGAAGAGAAAGGAGGAGACCAGCCCCCUCCUCAGGCAUCUGGGAGGGCCCUGCUCCCACGGGCUUCAUCUUCUCCUUUGGGCCCUCUCCCCAACGCAUUUGUUAAAAUCAAACCUGAAUAAAACAAGUUUAAUAUGAA